ACUGCGAAUGUUUCAUGAUGUAAUUUAUUUCUGAUAGAGUGACAUAUGGGAGUGACACAUUCGUUUCGGCGCGGCGCAGAAACCCUCUAUUAUACCCUGAAUUAUAACAUAAGUGUAUGAAAAGAACGGCAAGGAGAUGAUAUUUUGCUACUUGGUCUAAUCCUUUAUAUCGUGACAAAGAUAUAUCUGUUUCCGAGUAGUUUCCGUACCUAUAAAUAACUCUCUGUGGAUACGUUUUUAUUGAUUUAAAGACGGGCGGCCCGCGCGUUCUUCUUCUUCUUCUUCUUUAAACUCCUAACGGAGCGAUUCUUCCUCCAAUGCGCGCAGUAUAAUAAACGUUCCCUUUAAGCGAAGGUAACGGAGACGAAUGUAGGCAACACACACGUGUAACUUGGCGAGGAGCCGACCCUUUUUCGCAAAUUGAAAGGUUACUUCACUUUUUCGUCAUUGCAAAAACGGAGAGCAAAACUACGCAAACCAGAAACCGGUUGCCAUUCGGAGGAUUGAUACAGCGUUGUUCAUUAAUACCGAUCUCAAGCGACAUUCGUUCGCGAAACCGGAAAACCACGAUGAAUGUCAGCAGCUUAUUCACAGUCGCGAUUUACCCGACCGAUUUCGAUCAGUGGUCGAUAAACUCGCGAUAGGAUCGGCCGUUCGAUCAGAUCUCGUGAUGCAGUUUAUGAGCCGGACUGUAGUUCUUUCUCUCUCACUGUCGAUGUCGUCGUCGUCGUCGUCGUCAUUGUCGUCGUUGUCGUGAAAGGACAAACGUUGCAAACAAGACACAAAGGAGCCGGGAACCCAGACCACCUUCGUAAUCCGGUUUCGAUUGUUUGCGGACGCGGACCGGACGUGCGCGAGUCUUAAGUUUUAAGUGCAAUGAGUCCGGGUGAGAACGCGUAUUUUCGUGAACGAAAAUAUUACAAUAAGGUACAGUAGUGAUUGAGCUUAAAGAUUAAGACGUAAAAAGACAAUGCGGCCUAAGGACGGACAGUUAGCUCGUGCACAAGGGAAGAGAAAAAUAUUUGCUUACACUGCGUCACAUUGAAAGUACACAUUGAAUAUUCUGCACGAUAGAGGCAUCGAGAAAAAAGAAAUUUUUUAUAUAAUUCCAGGUCACACAGAAAUCGUAAUGAUAUAAAGAGUCACUUUGUUAGUCAAUGACAUAAUGAUAUCAUAAGAGAUAACAUUUAUUGUCUACCCACAUAGACCUCCUAGGGACGUCCGUGCGCCCUUGGGAUGUCUUUUGGAUAAAGUGUGUUAUAAGUACAAACGAAUAAAGUCAUAAAUAUGAUGACGUCGUUGUGAUGACUUUGCGUUCUACCUGGGAUUUUAUUUGGGCCGUAUAUCAACGACACUUUUUUUUUUGCAUCGCACCCAAUUACAUAAAUAAAUUUUUAACGUCGCUUACUGUUAAAAGCGACUGCUAAAUAAUAUUUCUGUAGUUGUGGUUUGUAAAUUUACAGUUUUACUUUUUCGUUUGUCAAACAAUUAAGAAUUUCCGACUACGGAGAAAUAUAAAGCUGUUUCAACUUUGAAGCAAAUACAUUCCCAGAGAAUUCAUUAAAGCUCAUUAAAGUUUAAUCAGAUCUAUAAUAAGUGCGAAUGGUGGGAAGCGUGUUUUUAUUCCGCUCUUUUUUUUUCUCAUUCUUUCGGUCGUUUAGAUCUUUGUGACGCGCGUUUAAUUGCAGCAGUGUUCUUGAAAGAUUAUUUAACUCGCUAUUAAAAACAUCGCGUCUCUUGCGAAACCGACGCGGUACUGCAACUUACGUUGCAUUCGCCUACGAGGGGAAUCGACGGCGGGUAUCGCGUCAUAACGCGCGACGUAAUUACAAGUUGAUUUGCCGGUUACGUUACGAGGAGGCCUGCAUUUCGCUCAGAAACGCAAAAAUGAUACGAGAGUGACACAAGAACGUUGGCUGGUAGCAGGAGCUCAUGGGUGACCGGUUGGUGAUACGUCGCUGCUUAGUGCUGGAAAAGUGGCGUACACCAGGUGUUAUUACGCAUAGAUGACAUAAUUCACAGUUGCAAAAGAUUAUCGGGAGCAAGAGUGCGCGACGGUCGUGUUGCAUUGUUUCUUGCGAUUCUUUUUCCUUCCUUUCCUCGGCAUUAGUCGCGCGCGUAGUCCGGAGGCAUUAGUGGCAACCGCAGGGAAACCGAUGUAUCCACGAGGAUGAAUGUCGAUUGGCUGAGAUGCGUAACGUGUUGCUUGAUAUCGGAACCACCGACUGACGAGGUGAUUGCAAUAAGAUUCACGUUGCUCGAGUUGGCCCCGAAGCUAGGACAACGGGUGCAUUUCGCGGAGGGCACGAACUUAAGAUGCCGCGAAGACACUGUACCGUCCGAGAUAAGGUCACAUGCCGAACGCGCGCGUUAUGGUUGCAAUUCAGCGCGAAUCAGUCGUGAAUGCGGGAAUUUAACGCAGCGGUGCUUCUCCGGACUGAUAUUUGAAGAGACGUCGGAGAGAAAGAGAAGCGUUCGAUAGUGGAUGUAAAUUUUGCUUUAUGAUGUUUACAUAUGGUAGUUUAUUUUAUAAAUGGAAAAGAGCUGUACGAGCGAAAAUGAUACUCGGCUUUCUUUGAGCGAGAGAAAGAGAGAGAGAGAGAGAGAGAGAGAAAUUCAAACUACAUAUACCACUAAAACCCCAUUAAAUCUGUAUUUUCGAACGAACAAACAAAAUAUUACGAAACAGGAUAUUCGAAUAUCUCAAAUAUCCAAAUAAUACAAACGCCAUUAACAGGGCUCGGUGACUACCGGUCUCGUGCAAACUCUCUCUCUCUCUCUUUCUCUCUCUCCCUCAUUCGCUUAUUUCAUCUCUCUCUCUCUCUUCUCUCUCUCUCUCUUUCUCUCUCUCACCAUGUGAACCUCGCUUCCUGGCCAAUACGCUUUAUAUUAUUGCGCGCAUGGUCGUGACACCUCCGCGCGAGAGGUGAUCCGUCGUGGAGGGCGCAUGAGCGGAUCACGACGAGGGGGAAGAGGACGGAGGAGAACGGGGGUGCACAACCGCCCGCGUUCUCUCUCACCCCUUUCGACAUCGGUCAUCGACGAGCCCUGGCUUGCGUUAGUCCGACCGGCAAUCUCGCCGCGCCGCGUCGCGUCGCGUCGCGUCGCCGUCACCCUCACCGCCGCCUCCGUUGCCCGUUGUCCUUACGUUUUCCUCGUGGGUCGCGAGGAACGCGGCCUGCACGGAGAGAGAUAGAGAUAGAGAGGAUUUCCCGAAGGACCGUUCGGAAUGCGCCAAUUCCGAAAAGGAGGAUCGCGAGCGAGGGACAAAAACUUGGAAGCGAGAGGACCGCAUUGAAUUCCUUUUAGUCCUUCUAGUCCCUCGGAACUGGUGGACGGUGCGUGCGUAGGUGCUUCUCAUUCGAAAGAUAUUACGCUCGAGAAA